AGUUCUUUUUUAAAGCAAACAUGGGAUGUAAUACUAGUCAAGAAGCGGGAAUACAUCCUAUUGAAAAUACUGAUAAUAAUGAAAAUCAAGACCAAAGCAAAGAUCAUGAACAUAAAAUCCAAGCUGGUACCGGUAAUUUAUUACGGAACACAUUUGAAGAUUUAAUAAAAGAUAGUAAAGAAGCAGCUGAGGCAGCAACUAAAAUCCAAGCCGUAUUUCGUGGACAUCGAACGCGUAAAACUAUGAAAGCUGGAGAUAAAAACGCAACACCUUCAAAUGCAAAUGACGAAAAAGAACCUACACGGGAGGAAUUGGAAGCCGAAUUUCGGGCUGACGACAAAGAGUUGUGUCAUGCUGCCACCAAAAUUCAAGCAUCAUUUCGAGGUCACAUGAGUAGAAAAGCUGAUGAAGAAAAAGCUAAAGCAGAUGUUGAUCAAGCUCUUGCUGAUAAGGUUGAAGAAGUCUUGGAUAUUGAUCUAACAGAUCCAGAUUUGAAUACAGCUGCCACUAAAAUACAAGCAUCAUUUCGUGGACAUAAAGUUCGUAAGGAAACGGAGCCCGUUGCAGCCACAAAUAAUGCUCCAACCAAAAAAUGAAGAGUUUAUGUUUAGAGAAAAAUUAAAAACAAAAAUAAAACGUAUGAGACCUCUUUUAGCUCCUCAAUUAACUGAAACAAAAUCUAUUAUAUAUUUAAAAAA